AUGGCGAGCGACGAUGGCGUAACCCAGACUUGGUUGAGUCUGACCGCUGUCCUCGGGUUGUUUGCGGCCGACCUCCCCUGGUACGCGUCUCAACUGAACAGAGAGGGCCUGUCAGUCACAGAUCGUGGGUCCAUCGAGGACUUCCGCGUAUUCUUCCGCCACGAGAUCAAGCAGAUGGCCAUGCUUCUCAAGCCCGAUCGAGGGUGGAGUCAUCUCUCGGAGGAUAGUGCGAAGGAACUAGGGACCAAACUAGGCCAGGUUCUCCAGCUCCUAGAAUCCCAAAUUGACGACGAAGUCGUUGAGGUCUGUACCAGAAAAUACAGAAGUGAGCAACGCAAGGUAGAACCCCCGGUUGACAACGUUGUCACGUCGACCUUGUUCUGGGCUGCUUCAAAGAUUCGAUUCUUUGCGAGAGUGGUCGUUUUCUCGUCAACCGAGGCCAGCCCCGAGCAGACUAUUGGUCCAGCGGGCGUUUACCCAAAAUUGAAGGCAUUGAAGGUUCUGCUGGACCGUCUUGGUGAUAGUGGUGACCCUGUCUUCAGAUUCGGCUACCUAGUCAGUCUAGGGAACACCAAGGACGAGUACAAGAACGCAUUGAGCGUUUUGGAACAGUUCAACCGCUUUCUCGAGUCUCUCGACAAUACUAGACCAAUCGACGCAUCUACCAACACCCGGAAGGCUCCCAUCAACUCCUCAACAAGGGCAGAGAUCGAUAUAAUGGCAACGGGCUCUCUCGGCCAGCCUACGACAUGUUCAUAUCUUGUUGUUCGAGUGCAGCAGAACCUCACUGGCAUGAAGCGCAAUGUCUUGUCACCGAAGGGGCUUAACGAGGUGUGCCGAGCGGUCAGACAAUAUAAACAGACGCGGGAGCCCUUGCACAUGAUCCUGGGAGGCGAGAACCUCUUUGACAUGCGUGCCGCAGGUGGAUACCUCGAAUACCCGCCGUUCACUUGCCGCUUGUCACUAGGUGACUUGCUGGACAGAGGCUAUUUCAAAAGUGCCUACGAGGGUGGCUUAUUCACACCAAGAAGCAAGCGGGCCCUCGUCCUGAACCUCGCGCAGUGUCUUCUCUACCUCUUUGGGGGCAAGUGGCUUCAGCGAGAGUGGGAGGCCUUCAAUCUCGUAUUUCUCUGCGAAGAUGAGCAUCAAACUAGACGCCUUGUCGACAUGCAUCGGCCGUAUGUCCUUUGUUCCCUCUCACCUUUCGUCCCUACCAUCAGAGUUGUCCGCGAUAACUCAAGCGCUCCUCAUCACCCAGCGGUCCUGGCGUUCGCCAAACUCUUGGUCAACAUUGAGCGCGGCCGCAGGAUCUCAGAUGAAGAAUGCGAGUGGACAGAUGGUCGAGUAAACGAGUGGCUCACCAUCAGCACGAUUCUGAAGACCAAACUCUCUGGGUCACUUACGGGUCACUAUACAACGGCCGUCCAGAGUUGUCUGGACUUUUCGAGGAUGAGCCGUAGAGAUGCAAAUGAGACAGACGCAGACUACAUCUACCAAAACAUCGUGUUUCCUUUGCAGCAAGAGCUGGCCGACUACCCAAGAUCCCACUUGGAGCAUGUGGAACUCCAACUUCCUGUUACUGACUUGAAGGACGUCGCAGAGGCAACACGGACGUUUCCGGCGUCACCAGCCCUCCAUCUAGCUAGGACACCCAUAUGGAAGGCAUCGUCGCCGAUCCGAGAAGUGCCUGUGCAGGACAUAGCUUUUAGCGUGGUUCUUUUUGACGACUUUGAAAAUGGCGAGGAUAAUCCCGCAAGCCAACUCAUAAAUGAUCGGGCUGUCGACUUCUUCAGCCGCCUGGACAAAUGGAGAGACGGGCGACGGGCCAACCUUCGACUUCUCCAAGCUGGACUGGACAAUGAGGUCACCGAGUCGCGUCAAACCAGGAUUGCGAUUCUAGACACAGGCAUAGAUGUGACCAACCCCGUCUUUAAGGCGGCCCUACAGCGACUAAAAAGAGAGUGCGCCCGCCGUAAUAACCCCAUCAAAGUCACCGAAUCUUUCGUGGACGAUGAUUGGAGGGAUGGGGAUGGCCACGGCACCCUGACGGCGUCUCUCCUACUGCAGGUUGCUCCUACGGCAGACAUCUACGUGGGCAAGAUCGCUGCCGGAAGGACAACGGGCCAGUGCAAUGCCAUAGCCGAGGCUAUCACCAAAGCCAUCGACAAGAAGCAAUGGAAUGUCGACAUAAUCGUCAUGCCCUUUGGAGUCGACAGGGAAAGGGAGGUUGUUGAAACCGCCAUCAACAAUGCUUACCACCGGGGGAAGAUCUUGAUAGCAUCCGCAGCCAACUCCGGCGGCAACACGGGCAGAGCCUAUCCGGCAAAAGACGAACGCGUAAUUUGCAUGCACGCCUCCGACGGCAAUGGCAACGACUAUCACGGCAUCAACCCUUCCCCUUUGCCAAACACGGACAACUUUACCACCCUUGGCCUCGGGAUCAGGUUCUACUGGGCCAAUCAGGACGUGUGGAAGUCCGGGACGUCCUACUCAGCACCCGUGGCGGCUGGAAUCGCCGCGAAUGUCCUCGAUUUUGUCAGACACCCCGCCCUGGGCGGGAAGUUGCCUCCUGAACAACUUAAGGAGCUGGGAACAGGAGCGGGCAUGAGGAAAAUGUUUCGGCUGCUCGCUGGGGACGUCUUAAGACGGGGGUACAACUAUCUUGAGCCAUGGAGUCUGUGGAAGGAUGGGCUGGAUGAGGCGGAUUACUAG